UUUGGAAUCUCUUCCCCCCGGACGGACGAGGAAUGCGAUCCGCGCCGUAUAAUCAGGGCCUACAGAUCUCGGUCUAGAAUGCAUAACUAAUAGCAACAGGCAAAUUUCCGGGAUUCUCGGACUUGCUAUCUCAUGGAAUGAGUGAAACAUCUGUGACUCCAGGGCAGUGCGGGGAAUACUCGGGGAGUUACACAGAGUUCCUGCUUUUUCUUUUGUUUCCACUGAAGUGGCGGAGGACACAAAUCCCCCGUCAUUGUCCUCCUGCUUCGUCAAAGGGAGUGGAAAGAACUUGGCUGGAGUUGUGGAAUCCGUCCUUUGGUCAGGCAUGUGAGCGAUCCGACGUGGAGGGGCCGAGGAUCUGUUUUCAGGGAUAAACGCCGUAAUCAUCUUCAGAAAAUGUCCAGAGGGGCGUUCCUCUUCUUCAUGUGGGCCUGGGACGUGUUGGCCGCCUCGGUCCUCAUCGUGACCAACAAAGGAGCGACCGUUGGAAGAGGCCAAACCGUUUACAUCACCGAAAAUGAAUUACGCUUCAACAUCCCGAGCGACAGAGACUCCUGCAAGGUCCAAGUGGUCUCCAACGAGCCCACCACCCAACGAGUUGGAGUUUUGUCUCCUCAGGGAUUUGAUUGUCACUUCCUACCAGAUGAAGUGCGGUACACACACAAUGGGUCCCCCAUGCUGGAUGUCGAUCAGGUGAUGCUCAGGGUGUACAGGUUUUCUGAACGGGAGACAUUGGUGGAAAGUUUUAUUUUAGAAGUAAAAAUUACAGAGCCGUUGGCCGGCAUUGUUCUUCUCGGAGAGAAUUCUCUAGAAGUUCCAGAGUUUUAUGGCGUUUCUUCUAAAUCGGUGGACAAAAACAUCCUGUCCUUCAAGAAUCGUUUGGAAAGACCGGGGACCAACUGCGUGGCCAGGACCCUUGGAUCUGAGCUGGGUCUUCCUGCCCAUGGACGGAUGGUGAUAGAGGAUUCAAAGCGUGACAGCAGACUUGUGGCUGGAUCUCUUCCGAACCCGCGAGUCAGGAACUACAGGCAAGAAAAAUUGCGAUGUUCUGGCAACAAGGCCUGCCAACCGGGACUAAAGGAAAUGAGGUUACUGAAGGCCAACUGUGCCGAUCUUCUUGAGAUGGGUAUCAGAUAUGAACACCUCAGUCCUCCCUCCCCCGAUGUCGAUUACAUACCGCUCCAGGUUGAGUAUCGCAGCCAAGACAACCGAAAACAGUUGCAGGCUCAGAACAUCUGGAUUCCUGUAAACAUCUCAGGCGCAGUUCCCAACACUCCACCCCAGGCGGCCUUCAUGCCCAUGUUUAUCCUGGAAAUCGACCAGUUCAUCUUGACCCCUCUUACCACGGCCACUCUCGACGCCGAAGAUGAUGAGACUCCAAAGAAUAAACUUGUAUUUAAGAUCAGUAAGCCACCGCCCGAGGGAUAUCUCACCCAUGUAGAUGACCAGACCAAAGCCAUUACCUCCUUCACCUGGCAAGACUUGCAUGACCUGAAGAUAGCGUACCAGCCACCCAACACCUCCCAUCCCGACAGACGCAACUACGAGGUUGAAUUUCAAGCAAUCGAUAGCUAUUUCCUGAGCAGCACCCCCAUAAUGGUCCAUUUCUCCAUUAGAACUGCAGAGACAAACGCCCCCAGAGUGUCCUGGAAUAUGGGUUUGAACUUGCUGGAGGGACAGUCUCGCCCGAUCACCUGGGAUCUCUUCCAGAUCGUGGAUAACGAUAACAUUCAAGCUGUCCGCCUGGUCACAGUGGACGGGUUGCAUCGCGGACGUCUCACGCUGAGAGACUCCAAGGCUUUCGUUUUCACUGUCCAGGACAUCAAAGAUGGCGUCGUACGUUAUCACCACGAUGACAGCGACACCACCAAAGACUUCAUUGUCUUCCGAAUUUUCGAUGGCAAGCACAGCAUCCGACACAAAUUCCCCAUCAACAUUCUCCCCAAGGACGACAGCCCCCCCUUCCUGGUCAACAAUGUGGGCUUCGAGCUCCUGGAAGGUUCCUCCAUCCUCAUCGAGAAAGACAUGUUACUGGCAACCGAUAUGGAUUCCAGCGAUGACCACAUCCUCUACAAUAUCACCAGGCCACCGAAAGCUGGAGAAUUGGUGAAGAGAUAUUCCUCCGAGAGUCCCGGUGUUCCGGUACCGACGUUCCUGCAGAGGGAUCUCUUCCGCGGCCUCAUCUAUUACAGACACUUUGGUGACGAGAUCUUCCAGGACUCCUUCGAGUUUGUGUUGUCAGACAGCCACCAACCUCCCAACUACUCUGACAAGCAUGUUGUGGUAAUCCUUAUAACUUCUGUGAAGGAUCAGCUUCCCAAAGAAGUAUCUGGAAGUACAAGACAUCUUAUCGUGAAAGAGAACGAGGUGACCAGGAUCGGCCGUAAUCAACUUCACUUUACCGACACCGAGUCACCGCAUAGUCAGCUCUUGUACACCGUCACCAAACCGUGUCGCUCUCUGAUGUCCCAGAGGAUCCAGGAUGCCGGGAAACUUAUCCUUGUAGAUACAGCAAACACUUUAGAAAAAGAUCCAUUAAUCCCUAUCCUGAAUGUUUUCACCCAGGAAGCGGUAACCCACCUGAAAGUGGCGUACAUGCCGCCGAUCCAGGACAUCGGACCCGAGCCCAUGUAUGUUCAGUUUGAGUUCUCGGUAAGCGAUGAGGACGGAGGAAAGCUGACCGGACUCCUCUUCAAUAUAACGGUCAUGCCGGUGGAUGAUCAGACCCCCAAGAUUUUUACCAGCCCUGUGAGAACUGAGGAAGGUGCCAGCUCUCUGAUUACUGGAGAAAAUAUUGAUCUUUCUGAUGUGGAUACAAAAGAGGAGAAUCUGAGAAUUAUUUUGAAGUCGCGUCCUCUGCAUGGAAACCUGGAACUCCGCGGAGUCAUCCUGCCUGAGGGAGGCUCGUUUAACCUUGAAGACCUUCGAGCCUUGAAAGUCAGGUAUCAGCACGAUGACUCAGAAUCAUACGAAGACGUGAUUGUUUUCACCGUGACAGAUGGAAAUAAUGAAGCGGAUGGAGUGCUCGGUAUUCAGAUUAUACCGGUAAAUGAUGAACCCCCAGAGUUACAACCCGGCUUGAAAUCUAGUCUGGAUUGCCCGGAAGGCGGUCACGUCUACAUAACGGCUGAAAACCUCUAUGCAACCGACCCAGACAGCGAUGACGCGAAGCUCACGUACAUGAUCGCCCGCACGCCUCUGUACGGGAUGAUACAGAGACAAGGGGUCGUGGUGGAGAAGUUCACACAGCUUGAUGUGAUUCAGAGAUUAAUUACAUACAUUCACACAGGAGGCGAGAUUGGACCCCAUCCCCAGGCAGAUACAGUUACGCUCAUAGUCUCAGAUGGAGAAUCCACUACAGCCGACACCUGUUGCUUGAAUGGCCCUCUUCCCCCGCCGAUCCCUCUUCACGCCAGCCUCCCCGUCUACGAUCUGAACAUCACUCUAACGCCUGUCAAUAAUCAGCAACCUAUCAUGCACAUUGGUGAUAUAUUUGUGGUGGACGAAGGAUCUUCAGCUGUCGUCACCCCGGCCCACCUGAAUGCGUCCGACGCGGACACCCUGGCUGACAAUUUAAUAUUCUUCAUGGAGACGCAGCCACAAUUCGGAUAUCUGAAGAACACGCUGCCCAUGCCUGGCUCAGAAAAGUCGGCCUCUGAGAUAAAAAUAAGUUCCUUCAGCUUACAGCAAGUCACCUCCGGGUCUAUCCAGUACGUCCAGUCUCAUCACCGCGGCAUAGAACCCACAGGGGACUUCUUCAUGAUCUCGGUUAGCGAUUCCCUUCACAAGUCUAUGAGCGUUCCUCUCUACAUCGUCAUCCAACCCACUAAUGAUGAGCAACCUCAGCUGCAUGUCAAGAACCUUACGAUAAUUGAAGGGGGAAGCUGCGAGAUCGGGCCGGCCACAUUGAACGCAGAAGACCUGGACGCCCCACCGGACACGCUGCGAUUCUCGGUUAUAAUCCCCCCCGCGCACGGCUCCUUAUUAAACGGCGCAGAUGCUAAGGAUAUCAGUCCGGACAGAUAUGGGAGUUUCGGAGAACGGGGGAAGGGCUCCGCCAUUGACAACUUCACCUUGGAUGAACUGAAGCAAGGAAUGGUCUUCGUAUACACACACGAUGACACAGACACUGCACAGGACGGCUUCACCGUACAGCUGACAGACGGCAGACACUCCGUACAACACACACUGUAUGUGCACAUCCUGCCAAUCAACGAUGAGAAGCCCGGCCUGAUCAGAAAUGGCGGAUUAGAGGUUGAGGCGGCAGAUAAUAAAGUCAUUUCCAGCGUUGCUCUGGAGGCUGAAGAUGGAGAUUCCAGAAAGCAAUCCAUUUAUUACAUCAUCAACAACGCCCCGACCUACGGAGAGCUGAAGAUGAAGGCCGGCCCCCUCUGGGUCACCUUGUAUGCCGGAAUGAAUUUUACGCAAGAAGACGUUGACCUGAAUCAUAUCUGGUAUUUUCACACCACAAUCCUCGGCUGCAAAGGACACGACAGUUUCCGGUUUUACCUCUCCGAUGGAGAACACAACUCACCUCCCGACACCUUCUACAUCUCCAUUCUAAACCUGGGCAAAGGUGACAUCGUUCUCCUCACCAGACCCGUAACUUUAACAGAGGGUGACAGGGUGACCUUGACAACAGCUGUUCUCUUGGCAACAGAUGGCACGGGCAAACCAGAGAGGCUGCUGUAUGCCGUCUCCGUGCCACCUGUCCAUGGUCAGAUUGAGUACAUCAAUUAUCCCGGCUUGCCCAUCUCCAGCUUCAGCCAGUUGGAUGUCGCGGCUCAGAAGGUUUGCUACGUCCAUGACAACAGCCGCGAGGCCGGGACGGAUUCAUUCAGUUUCACUGUGAGCAACGGAUUAAAGGCAAGAGAUGGGUCACUGGAAUUUCUCACCAAGCGUACUGACCGUGUACCACCAACCCUACUGAAUAAUAAAGGUCUCCAGAUAACCGAAGGUGGAACGAUGGUCAUCUCGUCCAAUCAUCUACAACUAACAGACCCCGACAGCCCGCUGGAGAAACUGCAUUACAAAAUUAUGGUGUACCCCCAGUAUGGGCAGCUAUACCUGGGCGACCGCGUCCUGCAGGACAACCAAUUCACCCAAGUUGACGUCAACAACCUCUUCCUGUCCUACCGCCACUAUGGUGGCCUGGCGAAACCGGAUCGCUUUUCAUUCGUUGCUUCAGAUGACGUGAACAAGGGCUUCCUGGUCGAUGGACAGUUGAAAGAAGAUUUGGCAGCCUUUGUAAUUCAGGUGGAACAUGUGGAUAAAAUACCCCCAAAAAUUCUAAAGAAGGAGAGACCAUCUACAGUGGAAAAUCUGAAAGAUGGGAAAUCUGUCAUCCAGAUCACAUCACGCAACCUGAAGGCUUCGGAUCCCGACAGCGCUGAUGGUGAACUUCUCUACGUCAUUCUAAGAUCUCCCAGUUUUGGACACUUGGAAAAUGCAAAGACAGGUGACCACGUAGGAAGAACGUUCACACAGAAGGAUGUCAAUCAGAGGCUGAUUCGCUAUGUCAUUAACCCCUCGUUAGAUGUGAAUUCCGACAGCUUUGAAUUUCAAGUCUCUGACCCGGCUGGAAAUAAAAGUCCUCCUGAGCUUCUUGAAGCGCAGUGGUCGAUCUUACAACUUGCUGAGCCGUAUUAUCGGGUUUGUGAAAACUCGGGGACUCUCGCCAUCACACUAAUGAGGACAGGGAGCAGCAAGGAUCCGGCAUUUAUUGGUAUAAAGGUCCAAGAACUUUCCGCCAGACAUGGCCUGGAUUUUACACACAGCAGUGCAAGCCUCGUCCAGUUUGACCCAGGAGUUUCCAUGAAAUCCUGGAAUCUCUACCUGAAGAAUGACGGGUUGGAGGAAAAUCACGAGCUUUUAAAGAUUUUCCUGAGGACCCCGAAGAACGGCGUGCUGGGGAAGAAUCAGGAGGCCACGGUGGAGAUCGUGGAUCCCAGGGAUGGUCAGUGCGGAGGCCUCAACACGAACGUGAGAGGCCGCGGAAAAAACGCCGAAAUCUCCACUCAGAUCACGCAGAUCCGGCUGCCAAACACGCGAGCCUCCGUCCAAGCCGCCCCUCGAAUUUAUCAUUCCAUGUCCGGCAUCGACCGCCCGGGACAGGAGCUGGCCUUCGCUGGAAGCAGCGUCCUCUAUCAUGGGAUGCCGCCAUUGAGCGGAGCUCAGCAGUCCCGAAGAAGAGGAGAAGUCUGGCUGGUAGGAGCUCCGCCCAGUCUCUCUGCUCCAGAGCGCCCUCAACAUGAUUCCGCCCCUCCAGACUCAAUACGCCAAUCGAGUAACGGGACACAACAGGAAGAGAAGCUGAGAAGAUGUCCCGCAGGGUGGACUCGCCACCAGAAGUACUGCUAUUAUCUGAAUUCCCGUAAAAAGAGCACCUGGGAGGAGGCCGAGCAGGACUGUGCGCAGAUGCCGGGCAGUCAUUUAACAAGUGUCCAGUCACAAUCGGCGAUGAGGUGGCUCUGGAAGUUCGCCAGCAAGAAGCCGUUUUGGAUUGGCCUGAAGUCAUUAGAGAGACACUCGCCCUGGUCCUGGGCAAACGGACAACACUGGACAUCCAGCAACACUUCAAGCCAUCAUCUUCGAUUCUGUCCGGAGCCUCGGAGGAAAGCUGCGUCCUCGUCCGGAGGAGGAAAGAAUGGACGGAGGAAAGCUGCAGGGAGAGGCACAGAUACAUCUGCUCCAUUGCCGUUAUAAAGCUGCCGGUCGGCGGGAAGUGAGCGGCGCCCGCCUUUAAUACCUACAGAUAGUAACAGGGAUAUUACUGUCCGUCCCCGAGGUGCCGUACCCAGCGCAGUGUACAGUACUUGUAUUUAAUGCAGCCGUUUUGUAGCAGUUUUAUGAGAACUCAUAAAUCGUCUUCAUAUGAAAUGUUUCACUUUUUUCUAUUUUUUUAAUAAAGCUCUUAGAACUUUCCACCGAUAAAUAAAAGAGAAUUUUUCGACAAUAUCGCGUUGUUUUAUUUCCGAUCUCUCUAGGGGCCGGUCCAGAAACUCUUCAGUGAACGCUGAGCUCCGGGCAGAUAUAAAAGACACAAAUAAAUGCAACUCUGUAUUCUUUAAUACAUCAAUAAAUGGAUCUUGUAGAUACAA